AUGGGUUCGACGCAAUUUGGCAAUUUCAACGACUUUUGUCGGGAUUCCACGCUGCCUGUCUGCAAUCUCUUCGUGUCCAACAAUCAGCCCCCGAAUAAAGAGUAUAACGGAUGUCCGCUUUACGGUAUCGAGCUCAGCAAUGGCCGCUAUCUCAGUAAUCUGGGCUCGAUCAUCUUGGCCUUCAUCUCCAUCCUGGUAACACUUAUGCUGCUGUUGAGAUCGGAUCGCAAACGGGCAGCAGUCGGAAGAAGGGAAAUGCAAAUAUUCCUUCUCGGAUUCAUCGUCAUUGAGAUCUGCGAGAUCUUCUCGGUGGGCGGUUUCCCUCUUGAUCCAGCAGUCCGCAAGGGCUUUUCGGCUAUACAUAUUGCUGCGAUUACCGCAACGUGUUGGAUUCUGUUCCUAAAUGCCCUGGUGGGCUACCAAUUGCUGGACGACGGUACUCCGGCCUCAAUCGGUUUGAUCAUCGCCUCCUCCUUGGUUCUAUUCAUCGGUACGGGUUAUAUUGCCCUGGACACGGCCUUUGACUGGACGGGCGAGUUCACGACCUCGGUGCCACAUUAUCGCAAUAUCGCCCUCUAUGUGUUGUACCAGCUGUUUCCUCUCAUUUGCCUCGUGGCGUUCUACGUACUGGAAGCCGUCCUGGUGGUCCGGAUAUUGGGUGAACUUCGGCCAAUGAUCUAUUUGACCGCUGCCGCCCUGUUAUUCGCCAUCGGACAGAUUUUCGAAUACGUGAUCAGCGUUCACCUCUGUAACGCCUCUCACCACAAGAUCAACGGCGCCUUAUUUGAGACUCUCUUCACUCUUUUGGCAGUUGGCAUGGUUUGGACGUUUUGGAGCAGCAUCACCGAAGACGAUUGGCCCAUGCCAAUGGCAGCCGGCGGUGGAUACCGUUAA